AUGAGCAACGACACCUACGACCUCGAGGCCCUUCAGAAUGGCUCCCUUGCCAACCUCGCCCUCACCAGGUUCAAGCUCACUCCCACGCCCUCCCUCACCGUCUUCCCUGAUGAGAUCUUCACCUUCGGGCCCUCCCUAACCUACCUCGACCUCUCCGGGACAGGUCUUUCUUCUCUCCCACCCAAUUUCACCACCUCUCUCCCCAACCUCAAAAUCCUCUUCCUCUCCAACUGCGCCUUCACCACCUUCCCGGACCUCUCCUCCCACCACACCCUAGAAAUGGUCGCCUUCCGCCACAACUCGCUCACCAGCAUACCCGAAAACACCCUCCCCCCCAAACUCCGCUGGCUAAUCCUGACCGACAACCGCAUCCCCUCCCUCCCCUCCUCCAUCUCCUCGUGUCCCAACCUCGAGAAAUGCCUCCUGGCGGGCAACAACCUCUCCACCCUCCCCCCCUCCCUCACCCAAUGCCAAAACCUCACCCUCCUCCGCCUCUCGGCCAACAACUUUUCUUCCCUCCCCAGGUUCUUGUUCACCGCCUUCCCCAAGCUAGCCUACCUCUCCUUCGCCGGAAACCCCUGCUCCCUCUCCUCCCGCAAAGCCCACAAACUCCCCUUUGGCCUCCUCGACAUCCCCUACAGCUCCCUUGCCAUCUCCCGCGUGCUUGGCCGGGGCGCCUCGGGCAUCAUCUCCCAAGCAGAAUGGAAGCCCUCCCCUGAUUCCGACUUCACAGAAGACGUAGCCGUCAAAAUGUUCAGAGGUUCUCUCACGAGCGACGGCAGGCCGGAAGAUGAGAUGGAGGCGGUGUUGCUCGCCGGAUCGCAUGAGUCGUUGAUAGGUGUUGUGGGAAAGGUCACGGGAUAUUCUGAAGGGGAAAGGGAAGGGGUGAAGGGGGGGAUUGUGAUGAGUUUGGUGCCGGGGGGGUAUGAAGUUUUGGGCUUGCCGCCGGAUCUGGAGAGCUGCACACGGGAUCGGUUUACGGAGGGCGAGAGGGGGUGGGAGAUGGGGAAGGCGGUGGAGAUGCUGACGGGGAUUGCGGGGGCGGGGGCGCAUCUACAUGGGCGGAGGAUUUGUCAUGGGGAUUUGUACGCGCAUAAUGUUUUGGCUAGCAAGGAGGAUGGGCAUGGGUUGUUGGGGGAUUUUGGGGCGGCGAGCGUGUAUGGGGAGGAGGAGGAUGGGGUGGAGAGGGUGGAGGUGGCGGCGUUUGGGAGGUUGGUGGGGGAUGUGCUCGGGCUUGUGGAAGAAGGGGGGGAGGGGGAGCGGGAGAGGGCGAUGAGGAGGGGAUUGGAGGAGCUGCAGAGAAGGUGCGAGGAUGGGGAUGUGGAGGGGAGGCCGGAUUUUGACGAGGUGGUGGAGGUGUUGAGGGGGAUGUUGGGGUGGAGGGGAGUGAUGAGGAUUCCGGAGGUGCCUAAUUGA